UUUUAUUUUAAAAAGUUUAUUAAUUAGCAUAUAUCUUUGGCACUUUUGUUUCACAAAACGAUAAAUAGUGUCUUUUGAUUUAAUACUGACAAGGUAGAAUAAUUAUUAUCUAAAAUAAGUUAGAACGAAGAUUUAUAAUAAAUAAUUUCACAAUUUCUUUAAGUAUUAUUUUCUAACUAAUAAAGCAAAAGCUCAAUAAUUCAGUUUGAUCCAUAAUUUUGGCACCUACCUACAUAUUUUAAAUAUUUGCUCGGAUAUUCCAGAAAUGUUUCAAUAAAACAUUCAUGCUAGGCAUAGGAGAUGAUGGAUACCUGCCUAAAUCAAUUUUGAUUUAUUAGAAGAUUAUCCAACCUUCAAGGGAAAUACUAUUUGUCCCUAUUAUAAGGUCAGACAGCAAUGAAAGGAAUGUAAUACAUAGGUAUUUGGUAUAUCUCUCAUACAAAAAUGUAAAUUAAAGAAUAGAUUUUUCAUUUCUAGUGGCAUUCAGUCUUAUGCGCUCAAAUGUGAGCAUUAGGGAAGCUCCAAUAAAAUUGACUAUAGUGUCCAUUAAUACUCUUUCAACUAAAAUCACACACAAAUCAGCUAUAAGAAAGCUGGAGAUAGAGGUUUGAACCUAAAUCUUCAAUAUUCUUGAGAGCUUGAUAGCAAAAAUAUCACGUUAUCUUAUAACCAACUAAUGAAGGCAAAUAUUAUUAUACUGCCUAGGCAAAAUUUUGAUUGACUUUUUGGGCAAUUUGAAAAAACUUUUUCAAUUUGAUGGAUUUUAGGUGUAGAACUAGUCCUAUGAGUAAUUGUUUCUGUGCCACUUCCUAAAAUGUAUAUUAAAAUGAAAAUCUCAAUAAUUAUUGCCUUUAUAAUACCUUCUAAAAAUCUUUCACCAUCCUCAUCGUCAUCAUCUAAAGGCUGAAUUACAUUACACAAAUCUUUGGUGCAAUAGCAAUACUCUAUUGAAUUUGCUGUUUUACAAUCGUCCAUUUUUAGUGGCUCACAGGAACGACUCAGAAUAAGAUUAUCAUUUACUAAAAAUGAAAAGAUACAAUAGUUACUGGAUUUGUAUAUGUAUGUAGUAUAGGUAUACCUUUCCGUGCUAUCCGGCAACUUCUACUGCUAUUAUCACAUUCUUGGCUAAACUGAGGCUUUUCCAUUUGGAAUGAGGAACAAGCUUGAUCUUCUAUUACACCACAUGUAUAACAUUUGAGUCCAGAUACUAUAAAUAAUUUUUAAAAAAAUACAAUAUCUAAAUAUAAAAAUUUUGCUUACCGUAAACUAGAGAAAUUAGUAUUGCUAAAAAUAAAAGUAGCCACAUGAUGUUAAUAGGACUUUAUUAAUGAAACUGUCUUUUAAUUUAUAAGCAAAUUAAUGCAAUUAAGGAGUUAAUUAACCAAACCAUUAGAAAUACUUGUGUUUAAAGAGUUUUAUCAAUAGGAAGUAAAAAUGUAAACACAAACAUUCCUAUUCCUACCGAUGACGUUGACAUACAAAAUGCUGUUAACCUCUAGUUUUUGUAGUAUUGUAUUAUUAUUAUUAAACAAAAAGAUAAUUUAAACAAUGAAAAAUGGUCUCAAUAAACGUGGCAUAAAAUGACCACCCCCAAAUAUGUGUACUUAAUUCCAGGUUUUUAGACCAAAACAUGCCCGAAAACGAUCAGUACCCCCCUUGGGUGGGUUUAGUCUACGUGUUCAAUUUAAUCGUUGGUACAGGAGCCCUAACUUUACCAGCAGCCUUCCAAGAUGCCGGAUGGCUAUUCAGUACUGUAGCCCUAAUGGUGCUUUGCUUUGUCAGCUUUAUUACAGUCACCUUUGUUAUAGAGAGCAUGGCCUGUGCAAAUGCUACUAUACAAUGGAGAAAGAUGCAGCAGCAUAAGAUUGAUGAAAGUGACGCCUCCCAAAACCCAAGCAACGACUCCGAAGCUGACAACACAACCGAAGAAACCGCAAUCCUGACCAGCACCAACACAAAACACUUCUACAACCUAAACAAAAAAGUCGAACUCACCGAAAUGGCUUCCAUUUACUUAUCGAAAACUGGCCACAUAUUAUUUUUCAUUUCACUUUGCAUUUACCUAUUCGGAGACUUAACAAUCUAUGUAGCUGCUUCCGGUAAAACCAUAAUAAAUUUAAGCUGUCAACAAUCGAAUAAUACAGAAAACUUUACUGAGCCUUGUUGGCAAAACUCAGACAUUACCAAAUUCGACAUGUACAGAAUCUAUGUGGCUUUAUUUGGCUUAUGUGUAGGCCCCUUUACUUAUUUCAACGUACAAAAAACAAAAUAUUUACAAAUGUUUACCAUAAGUAUAAGAUGGUUAGCUUUUGCAAUAAUGCUUACUUUAGCUGUAGUUAGAUUAAUCAAGAAUGGCCAACAAGGACACCCAAGUUUGAUUAAUUUAGCUGAAAUACCAGCACUGGCAGGUUCCAGUGUCUACAGUUUCAUGUGCCACCAUUCAUUGCCAGGGCUUAUAGCUCCUAUAUCCAACAAGCACAAGCUUAUAAGCAAAAUAAGCUGGGAUUUUAUAGUUAUAAGUAGCUUUUAUUUAUUGUUGUCGCUCACAGGGUCUUUUGCCUUUGAAUCAAUAGAUGUUUUGUAUAAUUUGAAUUUUAUCGCCACCAAAGAUUCAGGGGUUUUCAUGAGGAUUGUUGGCACUUUUUUAGCUGCAUUUCCUCUAUUUCCAAUGAUUGCAAGUUUUCCUAUUAUCGCAAUAACGCUACAAGGUAAUUUGAAGCAUUUAUUUUUAGAGCCUCAAAGUAUUGAAGGGCAAGGAUUUUUUGUUAAACGGUUGUUAUUUCCUAGCUUGGCAAUAACUCCUCCAUUAAUUACUGCUUUGUCCACGCACAAUUUGAAAGGUUUAGUGGAAAUAACUGGAUCGUAUGUAGGCGUAGUGGUACAGUAUAUUAUACCGGCUUGUUUGGUUUGGAAAGCUAGGAAAUAUUGCUUGAGGCAAUUUGGGUAUAUUGGUCAUAGAUAUGCAAGUCCUUUUAGGCAUGUUGGCUGGUUGGUUUUUGUGGUUGUUUGGUCAGCCCUUUGUAUUGUUUUUGUUACAGUUGAUUUAAUUAUUAACAAAAGUAUUAAUUGAAACUGUAUAGACUGUAUUUAAUUUUUAAGACUAAAAUAUUUAUAUCCUAGUGACAAUAUUUUUCUAUUAAUAAUGGUUGCAAAUUUUUAUUCAAAUUUAUUGAAUAAAAAUCCGCAAAUUAACUCUGUGAUAGAUUUUAAACUGUGUAUGUGCAUCUCUCAAUGUUAGUUGUAAGUUUUAAUAAUUAGUAUUUAGGUAAUACUACCUAUUUUAGUAAUGUGUUUGAAUAAAAGGAUGUUUAGUCCAACUUGAUUGUCUCAUUUGUUGGCACUACAAAGUAUAUUGUUUAUAAUUAUUCAAACUGCUCAGCAAAGUGUGUUCUACAGUUGAUGGUCCA